GAGCCUGGGUUUAGUCCAGCCUGGGUCUGCUGCUGGGAGACCAUCUAUUCCAGAGGGGGACAAGUGGAAACACCAGCUCAGCUCUGGGUUUUCUUCAUCUCUACUCCAUUCCACAUAUUGAACUGAGAGAAUAUAAAGAAGGAUUUCCUGUUGUGUGCGUCAUUCUACUGCGCGUAAAAAUGGGCUGCGCUGGAUUCACCUGCUCCAAACACUCCCUGUGUGCGCUCAACAUCCUCUAUGUUAUGGUGAGUUUGCUGAUGAUCGGUAUCGCGGCGUGGGGGAAGUGGUUCGGUCUGGUCUCCAGUUUCCAGGUGGUCGGGGGCGUCAUCGGCGUGGGGGUCUUCCUCUUCUUCGUGGCUCUUGCCGGACUCAUCGGGGCCAUGAAGCACCACCAGGUCCUGCUGUUCUUCUACAUGAUCAUCCUCUUCAUGGUGUUUAUUGUGCAGUUCUCUGUUUCCAGCGCCUGUUUGGCUAUCAACAGAGAACAACAGGAUCAGCUGCUGGAGGUGGGUUGGAAUAACUCUAAGAGUACCCAGAGGGAUGUGGAGAAGAGUCUGAACUGCUGUGGCUUCAAGCAGGUGGACCGGAACGGCACCUGUGAUGCUGCCUGUUUCCCCAACCACUCCUGUGAACCCUGUGCAGAUAAGAUUCAACAACAUGCAGGAGACGUUCUCCGCUUCGUGGGAGGGAUUGGACUCUUUUUCAGCUUCACUGAGAUUCUGGGCGUAUGGCUCACAUAUCGCUAUAGGAACCAGAAGGACCCCCGGGCAAACCCCAGCGCUUUCCUGUGAGACACCACCAGCCUCCGUCACCUCAGCACCUCUGUGUGUGUGGACCUCCUCUGGGCUUUAACUGUAAAUACAAGAGUGAUUUGUGUGUGUGUUCAUUGAUUGCUGCAGCCUUGCUGUAAUAAUAUGAUGUGUUUGGUUUUUUUAAGAGUGAACUUUGUCCUGAAAACAUGUUGUUGUACAUGAAGGAACAGGGUGCAUUUUACCCUCUUUUACUGCAUCACCUCUCCUGUUUAGGAUGAAACAGUCCAUGUCCUGUGCACUUAAGGGAAACACUGUAUUUUGGACAGUAAUCUGCUGUAUCCUGAAGUAUUAAUGCAGCCUGCCUGAUGUUGACCUUCAACCCUGUUUAUUUUUAUUUUUUUUUCUUUGUUCUUCAGUCCGUCCCACUGAAUGCAAUAACAUCACCCACUCCUCUGUCUGCUAAUGUGACUCAUUAAAUUAUUUGGAUCUUGUCUGAAAGUUUGUUACCUGCCUUUGUAAAUGUGUGUGUGUGUGUGUGUGUGUGUGUGUGUGUGUGUGUGUGUGUGUGUGUGUGUGUGUGUGUGUGUGUGUGUAAUGGUGUGUCUUGCUCUAGAUUGUGUGCUGUGUAUUUGGCUUUUUGCAUGACUCAUCUGCUAAUAUAACACACUGUAUGAGAACUGCAACACUGGUUUUGUUCAACGUCUGAGCCUUUGUACUGUAAACCACAAUAAAACACUAAAGAGGAAGAAAACUCA